AUGGCUGAGCUUGUGCCAGAAGGCGGUUGGGACACCCACAUCCAUGUCUUUGAUCCCAAAAAGUUCCCCUAUGCCGUACCACGGUCUUACACACCCCAGUCCGCUCAGAUUGUGGAAUACCCCACUUCAACAACGGGAUGUAAGAAUAUCGUGAUCGUUCAGGCCUCAAUGCAAGGCGUUUCCCCAGCCCCAUUGCUUGAUGCACUUGCCCAGCAAAUUGAAAUGGACGGAUACAAUCUCCGUGGGCUCACCACUAUCGACCCUGCUCUAAUCACCGAUGCCGAAUUGGAUGCACUCCAUGCAGCUGGCGUGCGUGGUGCUCGGCUGCAUGAAAUGUCCUGGGGUCAUGGGAAGCAGAACAAUGCCGAUGUCAUUGCAAAGAAGAUCGAUGCGCUGGCUCAACGUUUAGCUCGACUCGGAUGGGCAAUCGGGGUUUUCUGCCCUGUUGGCGCCUGGGCUGCUAUGGCUGACAUGAUUCGUGCUAUGGACCCACGGAUCAAGAUGGUCGCAGAUCAUUUCGGAGGAACAUUCCCUGGAGAGGAAGACUCUCCAGCCUUUGCAACUUUCCUCGAGUUAGUGCGAGAGAAGAAGGUCUGGGUCAAGGUUUCAGGGUUUGAACGUCUAUACCAUGGACAUCUCGCUGAGAUGGAGGCUAUUGAACCGAUAGCAAAGGCAGUCAUUGAAGCUGGACCGGAUCAAAUUGUGUUUGGUACAGACUGGCCGCAUACUCAGCUGGGAGUUACGCGAAAAGGUAAAACUGAUCACCAGAGAUUGAAGGAAGUCGAGGGAUUUCGCACUGUCAAUGAUGAUGUGCAUAUUCGAAAGCUUCGUGAAUGGAUCCCUAGCGAUGUGGUUUGGAAUAAACUAUGGGUGGAGAAUCCGAACCGACUGUUCUUUUAA